CCAUUGUCGACUUAUUGCAGUGAUAGCAAAGUGCUUCCUUAUAUCUUGUAAGCUGAACUGUAUCUCAGAGAAAAUGGCUACCUUCUUUGGCUCUCCUCCAUUUCUCUCUAACCCAAUUGCAAGAACUCAUCAUUUCUCCUCUUCCCAAACACCACCACCACCUCCUCCAUCUCAGCGGCUAAGUUCGAGCUUAACCGAGCCACCGGCUCCUGUCUCAGCCAAAGUGCAGCAACAGAAGCCUGCUAAGGCUUCCACUUCAAGUGUUGAAUCCACAGAUUGGAUUGCUACAAACUUAACCAGAAGGUUUGGCCUCGGUGCCGGCCUUGCCUGGGCUGCCUUCCUCGGCUUUGGUGUCCUCUCUGAACAGAUCAAAACCCGGUUCGAAGUGUCCCAACAGGAAGCAAACACAAGAGAUGUUGAGAAGCAAGAAGAAGUGGUCUUGCCAAAUGGAAUAAGGUACUAUGAGUUGAGAGUUGGUGGUGGAGCAUCCCCAAGGUUUGGAGACCUGGUUGUGAUUGGUCUCAAGGGCAAUGUUGUGGGAAGUGGCCAAGCGUUUGUGGACACAUUUGGUGGUGAGAAGAAGCCAUUGGCUCUGGUCAUGGGCUCAAGGCCUUACACCAAAGGAAUGUGUGAAGGUGUGGAGUAUGUCUUGAGGUUUAUGAAGGCGGGUGGGAAGAGGAGAAUGAUAGUUCCUCCUAGUUUGGGGUUUGGGGAUCAUGGUGCCGACUUUGGUGCUGGCCUACAAGUUCCCCCCGGUGCCACUCUUGAAUACGUUGUCGAGGUUGACAAGGUCUCUAUUGCACCGGCUUAAUCGAUUAAUAAACUAUAUUCUUUUUAUAAUUUCUUUUAACGAUAAACACAUGCACUACAAAUUUAUUUGCCUAAUGAGAAUUUGUAGUUAUUAUU